GUUCACAUAUCUACGCGGGCGGGCCGUCUGAAAUGAACGCAACGACGCCUCUAUAUCAAGGAUAUAAACGUUCUCAGAUGACGUCGUCGGCACCUAGAAAAGACGUUAGUCACGUUAAAAUGGCAGGCAACGUGAGGUGUCACGUCCGCGUAGCGGCCUAUAUGAAAACUGAGGUUAACAGACUUACGUAUCGUAACGUAACGCAACUGAAGAUAAGAGCAGAACUAUAUUCAGGCGUACGGGAUUACUUAGAUACGCGAGAACAAACGGAAGGACGUAAAGCUGGUAUACCAGUACGCGUAUCAUCAUCCGUUCGGGGAAGUCCAAGAAAUAUGCAAGAAAGAUAUCAAGCGGCACGGUUUAUGGUAAGAAAGUUUGAGAAACCAGACCGCUUUUUAACAGUGACCGGCACGCCACAGUCUCCGUCACGUAAGGAAAAUCUUGCGGGCGGUCAAGUAGACGAUCGUCCAGAUUUAGUAGCAAAAAUCUUUAACUUGGAUGUAAAAGAACUGCGGAGAGAUCUACGGCAAAAGGAACGUUUCGGAAAACACCGAGCUUAUGUAGGUGUACGUGAGUUCCAAAAAAGAGGCGUACCACCGUUGCCGUUACUUGCACGGUUAGGUGCGGAAAAAAAGCCAAAGCCGGAAAAACGUCGAGAUAAGAUGGUAUGGACUGAAAUCCCUGAUGAAGAAAGGUCGCCAGAGCUUACGGCACGGGUUUUAAGGCAUAUGCGUCACGGAUCAUGUAGCGACAGAUCGAGAAGAUAUCUUUGCAUAAGGAAAGAUGGAAAGUGUACAAAAGGCUAUCCAAAAAACGUUAGAGAGGAAACAGAAGCAACGGAGACGGACGAUCUUAUGUAUCAAAGAAGGACGAUAGGGAAAAAAUACAGAGUAAGAGGAAAAAAACGUACGACGCGCGGGGUAGUGCCCUCGUCGCCAUAUUUGUUACGGAACGAUGAUCGGCACCGGACGUUGGAAAUAUGUUCAUCAGUAAAGAGUGUUGACGACUUCGACAAGUACAUUCACAAAGGAUUUGCGUGUGCUGCACGUAAGGUGCAAACAAGAGACGGAACGAGACUACGUAAAAUAGAUAAGGUAAACGCCGUCAUGGAUGCAAGUGAUGUUGGUACACCAGAAGCACGGUGGAGACUGAACGGACAUGAACAGUUUAUGAAGUCUCCGACAGUACGAAGACUGGCAGUUCCGUUGCCUACGCGUCAACGGAUAUAUUUCAAAGAGGGAACGGAAGAGCAAGCAGCACAAAGUGCGCAGAAAAGGGACACUAAACUUACUGCAUGGUUUAACGUGACGCAAGAUGAUGAAAAAACGAAACCGUUCGUCGACGCAGAGCGUGCGUCACACAUGGUGUAUGAAAAGAAAGAAGCAAACGGGAAACUACGUCAAAAAGGAACAGAAAAGAUCCGUUCCAGAUUCGAUACAGUAAGCAUAAAAGAUACGGAAAGAUAUUAUCUACGCGUGCUUCUUCUACAUAUUAAGGGAACUAAAUGUUACGAGACGUUGAGAACUGUCAACGGAGUUCUUUCGGAGACGUUCAAGGCGGCGACAAAAACAAGGACGUUGCGAGACGCAGAUGAUCACGGGGGCAAAACGCUAGAAGAAGUGAAAGAGAGUCAACGGCCUGCACAACGUAGAGAGCUCGUUGCUUAUAUUUGCAUAUAUGGAACACCUACAGAUAACGCGGGAUACGUCAGAAAAUAUAGCUUAGACGUGUAUCGCGGAACGACGGGAACUAGCUGUGUUAACUUCAACGUGCCAAAACCAAAGCCAGUGAAACGUACUAAACGAGACGCGGCGUUAGAUGAGGAAAGAAGUAGAGGAGAAGAUUUUGUGUUGACCGUAACGGCAGAGCAAAAGCACGUGUACGCGUUAGUACGGCGA